AGCACUUUCGGCAGAACAAUGGGGCCGGAGCGGGGAACGCGGCCAGCCGCCUGCAAUCGCUGCAUCUGCGCCCGCUCCUGGGCUCCAGCGGUGUAUCUGAUCCCGGGAAAUCAGAGCCCGCUGGGAGUUUUUGACUUACUCUAGUCGGGCCUGAGCAAAGAGCACAUGUGAAUAGAUCUCAAACAAGCAGCCUCUCCUAAAACAAAAAAAGACCAAAUGGCAAAGCAACCUUCCGAUGUAAGUUCUGAGUGUGACAGAGAAGGUGGACAAUUGCAGCCUGCCGAAAGGCCUCCUCAGCUCAGGCCUGGGGCCCCCAUCUCUCUACAGACAGAGCGGCAAGACAGGAGCCCGGCACCCAUGAGUUGUGACAAAUCAACACAAACCCCAAGUCCUCCUUGCCAGGCCUUCAACCAUUAUCUCAGUGCGAUGGCUUCCAUGAGGCAGUCUCAGGCUGUACCUGCAGAUAUGCGUCCGGAGAUAUGGAUUGCGCAAGAGUUGCGGCGUAUUGGAGACGAAUUUAAUGCAUAUUACCCAAGGAGGGUCUUUCUGAAUAAUCACCAAGCAGCCGAAGGUCACCCGCAAAUGGUUAUCUUACGGCUGUUACGCCACAUCAUCCGUCUGGUGUGGAGGAUGCAGUGA